GACAACUUGACACAUCGAUAUAACCUCAUUGACAGAACAAUCUGUUGAACUUAAGGAUAAAAUAAUCAUCAAUCAUCUAUUGCCAAUUCAAAUCACAAUCAUGAUUUGCGCAAGUUUCAACAAUGUGAUUGUCCUGUUUGUUAUUUUCAAACUCGCCUUUGUUUCUGUCGCUCAGGGUCUGCUCGCGAUCCCCUCACCAGAGUCUGUAGCGUCGACUUUGAAUUUAUCAAGUGGAUCCAUGAAUACUUCAACUACCCGAUCAUCUAGAACAUUAAUUACCACUCUGGUGAUUAUUACAGGUGGAUUCGAGCCCACUGCCACCCUCACAAUUGUGGCUCCCUUACCAACCUCCACCGUGUCUUUCACUUCGACUUCUACUACCACCUCUAUUUUGACUUCCACUUCGCCUUCUAUCUCAGACUCAACCUCAAAGUCUACCGCCAUUACUGUUGCUUCAUUUUCCACUCCCGCUUCCUUUUCAAAUUCAGCUCAGAUUACCGGCUCUAGCUCAACUUCUACUUCUACCGCCGGUACACAGACUAAGAGUAUCUCCAGUAACACUGCAAGUCCAACUCAGAGCUUAGGACAGAAAGGCAUGGAGACAAAUUACUUCACGACAGCGUUUAUGAUUGUUUUGGGAUUGGUUGCCACUUUAGUAUUCACUAUUUAGUGCAAUCAAGGAAAGGAAAUGUGUUCACCGGUGGGAAAAUAUUGAGCUAUCAGUUUGAGAGUUGAGCUUUUACGGGAUAGCCAAUUUGGUGGAUGAAUACAUAAUUUUUCAAAAAUAUGCCGCCA